GGAGAAAGAAUAGAAUUUCUCGCGACUUUUAAAAGCCAGCGCCAUUCCACUUCCCUUACUCAGGUCAUUUUAGUCACACGCUCACGGUUUUCUCUCAUGCACGUCGCCCUCGCUGCGCUAUCUUUUCCAAGUCCUCGCGUCUUCCUUGAAUUCCCGGAGGAAGAUCUGCCCCCCCCGCGAUCGAAUUCCUGGGAAGAUCUUCUGCUUUUUGUUUUUGUAGCGGAAUCUCGAAGUUUUUCUUCCUUGGCGGCCUUCUUUUUCCUCUUCCGGAUGGCGGUCCAGUCGCGGCCAGCGGGCUUUCCCUCAUUCGCUUCACCGCCCAAGCGCGAUCGUCACACCAAGGAGAGAAUUCCGCGGAGUUUGCUCCAGCUCCAAAGCUCCACCGCCACGACGAGCGAAUCAGCGGCAGCGCUGGAGAGACAAAACAUUUGCAAGCUCUCGGCGCUGCUCAAGGACACCAAUCUCCUGCCCGAGAGAUACGUGAUACCCGAGAGCCACCGCGCGCGAUUGUCCCACGACGCCUUCCUCCCCGAGGUGGAACUCCCAAUGAUCGACUUUGAGACGCUAAAGUCCGGGGCUGGCACCGAGAUCCUCGCUCGCGAGGUUGGCAAUGCCUGCCGCGAUUGGGGGUUCUUCCAGAUCGUCAAUCACGGCGUCCCGGGCGACCUGAUCCAAGAGAUGCUGCUCCAUGCCGACCAAUUCUUCCACCUCCCCUACCGGCAAAAGGAGAAGGCCGCGAUCUUCCCAAGGCCUCUGGGCUACAAUGGCCGCUACACGGACCUGUCCUCGAGCGCGCCGUGGGUGGAAGCCAUGGCAAUGCAGCAAACUCCAUACUCCACCGUGGAUAAGACGGUGGACAGAGUCUGGCCGGGAGAAGGCAAUCCAAGGCUAAGGAGAGCGCUGCGGAGGUACCACGCCGAGAUGGAGAAGCUCGGGCAGAGUGUUGUCCAAUUGAUUGCCCUGAGCUUGGGCCUGGAGAGGAGAACCUUUAGCCGCCACUUCGAGGAGAGCUCCUCCACUUUCCGGUGGAAUCACUACCCUCCAUGCCCCUUGCCCUCCAAAGCUCUGGGCCUCCUCGCUCACUCCGACCCCUCCGCGAUCACUAUACUCCACCAGGAUAGUGUCGGUGGUCUCCAGAUACGAAAAGAUGGCCGAUGGAUCGCUGUGAAGCCACGGCCAGACACAUUCGUGAUCAACUUGGGCGAUGUCUUUCAGGCCUGGACGAAUGGAAGAUACAAGAGCGUGGAGCACCGAGCGGUGGUGAACCAGAAGCAAGGGAGGCUCUCCAUGGUUUUCUUCUACGGCCCACAAGAGGAUUACGUGAUCACCCCCCCGGAUGAGCUCAUCGAUGAAGAUCAUCCUCUGCGGUACAGGCCCUUCACUUGGGGGGACUACAGCGCCGCCAGGCUCAGCAUCCCGGCGCACGGCAAGAGACACUUGGACGUCUUCGCAGGAGCCCUGUAAUGACAAGGAAGGAUUUCUUCUUCUUCCUUUUCUCCAUUCCUCCUCUUCUAGAAGGGUCGCGACUUCCGAGAUUGUUGGAAGAGGGGCUCUCGUGUGGUUUUAUGAUUAUCGAUCAUCGUUUCACAGAGAGAAGAGAGAGAGAGAGGGGUGAGAACGCGGAAAGCCAUUUUUUGUAGCCUGUGGAAAUAAAACACGUAAGUUCU